GGCAGCGCCGGAGCCUGGCGACAGAGCCAGGCUGAGCUGGCAGUCACCCACGACCCCACUUCCCUGCUAUGAUGGCCCGCCUGUAGCAGGUUACAGAACCCCUGGGGGCAUGUAGGCAGAGCUAGCGGCAGCCAGGUGCGUAGAGCCACAAGAGCUCUAGGGCACUCUGGGGCAGUUCUGCCUGCUGCGCUCUCUGGUGCCGGGGAAUGCCCAACUGCCAGGCGAGUUGGUAAGGAUAAGAACGUUCCCUUUUGGCCCAAGUGCGCUGCGUCCAUGGCGCUGCUGGCCAGUCUGGUGCUCCUGUGCUGCUUGGCACUUCUGACGCUGCCAGCCCAGAGCUGCGGGCCGGGCCGGGGGCCGGUUGGUCGGCGCCGCUACGUGCGCAAGCAGCUUGUGCCGCUGCUCUACAAGCAAUUUGUGCCCAGCGUGCCCGAACGGACCCUGGGCGCCAGUGGGCCAGCUGAAGGUAGGGUUGCCAGGGGCUCUGAGCGCUUCCGGGACCUGGUGCCCAACUACAAUCCCGACAUCAUCUUCAAAGAUGAAGAGAACAGUGGCGCAGACCGCCUGAUGACGGAGCGGUGUAAGGAGCGGGUGAACGCGCUGGCCAUCGCGGUGAUGAACAUGUGGCCAGGAGUGCGCCUGCGGGUGACGGAGGGCUGGGAUGAGGACGGCCACCAUGCCCAGGACUCCCUGCACUACGAAGGCCGCGCCUUGGACAUCACCACGUCCGACCGCGACCGCAACAAGUACGGGCUGCUGGCGCGCCUGGCCGUGGAAGCCGGCUUCGACUGGGUGUACUACGAGUCCCGCAACCACGUCCACGUGUCGGUCAAAGCCGAUAACUCCCUGGCGGUCCGGGCCGGCGGCUGCUUUCCGGGAAACGCCACCGUGCGCCUGCGGAGCGGCGAGCGGAAGGGGCUGCGGGAGCUGCACCGCGGGGACUGGGUGCUGGCGGCGGACUCCGCCGGCCGCGUGGUGCCCACGCCGGUGCUGCUCUUCUUGGACCGGGACUUGCAGCGCCGCGCCUCCUUCGUGGCCGUGGAGACCGAGAGGCCGCCUCGCAAGCUGCUGCUCACGCCCUGGCACCUGGUGUUCGCCGCUCGAGGGCCGGCGCCCGCGCCCGGAGACUUCGCCCCGGUGUUCGCGCGCCGGCUGCGCGCGGGGGACUCGGUGCUGGCGCCCGGCGGGGACGCGCUGCGGCCGGCGCGCGUGGCCCGCGUGGCCCGCGAGGAAGCCGUGGGCGUGUUCGCGCCGCUCACGGCGCACGGCACGCUGCUGGUCAACGACGUCCUGGCCUCGUGCUACGCGGUCCUGGAGAGUCACCAGUGGGCGCACCGCGCCUUUGCGCCCCUGCGCCUGCUGCACGCGCUGGGGGCGCUGCUCCCCGGAGGCGCGGUCCAGCCCACCGGCAUGCACUGGUACUCCCGGUUCCUCUACUGGAUGGCGGAGGAGCUGCUGGGCUGAGCGUUCCACACCUAGUAACCUCGAGGCACCCGCCGGAGCCAGGGCGUGGGGGCUGGGAUCUAGGAAUGUGGGCAGCGAAAGAUGUUGAUGGGGCGGGCGGGAGGGAGGAAAAGGGAGGAACAUGGAGGCGAUGCGGGACUGCCUGGUGUAGGGGCAACCUCCUACUGAUGAGGUGCUCCAGGUCCUAGGGAGGUGGGGUUGAUAGUGGGUACUCCUUGGCAAAGACUAUUUCGCCUCUUCUUCCCCAGUGCCCCAGUCCCACCCGAUAAUUUUAUUUUCUAUUUAUAAAUCAUAAUAUAAGGAUGUGCUUGCCCAGCCUGGCAAGAUGGAGGGGCUGGGGCACAGACACGGCGUUAACACUGUCUUACACGGCCAGUCAAUCUGACUUCUGACAUUGUCCUACAGGUGGGCUAAUAAAGGGAAAGUUUCCGGGA